UCGAACGCCCGUCGACCGCCGCACGCCGGCAUGUUCUCAGUCAGUCUCGCUGCACGUUGCACGUCGUGAGGAUCUGUGGCGAUCAAGUGGCGGGUUGCUUUCGAUACAUCGAACCGGCGCGAUAUCGUCGACAGUUAUUAGGGAAUCACGACCGAAAACCCGAUACCAUUGAAUCUUGCGGUGGGUGACCCUGCGACGCGUCCGUUUUGCCACCAGCUGAAAACGCACCACAACAACGCGCCACGGCAAGGCAACCCUUGUUGUGACGCCGUGAAACGCCCUCGCUUUCACACGAGAGCAACUAGUACACUUGAAAUUCGUCAUCUUAUUCAACACAAUUAUCAACACGCAGAAGGCAGAAAGAAGAGUUUAUAGUGAUGGCAGUGUAGUCGGUGCGUGCAGCAGGCGGCGCAUCUAAUUGAAUGCAUUAAAAAUAAUGCACAAACUAUUGUAGUGAAUUUAGUGAAUAAAUUAAGCAAUUAAAAAAUUACAAAAUGGCGCGGGGUGUUCUACGACUAUAUGUGCAUACGCCGAAUUUGCUGUUACUUCGAAAUGGAGGAAAAGCAAGCAACAGAUGGUUUUCAAGCACAGGAAGAAGUCUGCAGAAAGAGGCACAAAGUGCUGAUAAGAAAGUUAUCCGAGGGAUUCCCUACAAGAAUCUUACGAUUGGCGUACCGAAAGAAACAUGGAAGAAUGAAAGAAGAGUUGCUAUGACGCCCGUUGUAGCUGCAACUUUAAUUAAAAAAGGAUUCAACGUAAAUGUUGAAGCUGGUGCUGGCGCUGAGGCGAAAUUCCGCGAUGAAGAGUACCAGAAAGCCGGCGCUAAAUUAGUGGAUAAAAAUGCCGCUUUUGACACAGAUAUUAUUGUAAAAGUUCGGCAACCACUGGAAGCUGAAAUUAACAGUUUUAAACCAAACAGCACACUGAUAUCAUUCCUUUAUCCAGCUCAAAAUAAAGCUUUAGUGGAUCAAUUAGCUAGUAGAAAAAUAAAUGCCUUCGCAAUGGAUUGCAUUCCGCGCAUUACCCGCGCCCAAGUCUUCGACGCACUGAGCUCAAUGGCGAACAUCUCAGGAUACCGCGCUGUGGUAGAAGCCGCCAAUCAUUUUCCGCGUUUUUUCUCUGGUCAGAUCACAGCUGCUGGUAAAGUUCCGCCAGCGAAGAUUCUAAUCAUCGGUGGUGGAGUGGCUGGUCUUGCUGCAAUCGGUCAGGCCAAGUCCAUGGGCGCUGUUGUACGUGCUUUUGAUACUCGCAGUGUUGUUAAGGAGCAGGUAGAAUCAAUGGGAGCCGAGUUCCUCACCAUCGAAUUGAAAGAAGAAGGAGGUACCGCCGGUGGAUACAGUAAAGAGAUGAGCAAGGAGUUUAUUGAAGCGGAACAUGCGCUCUUUGCAAAACAAUGUCGCGAAGUGGACAUUAUCAUCACCACCGCGUUGAUUCCGGGUAAAAAGGCACCAGUUCUACUCCUCAAGGAGCAUAUCAUGGCGAUGAAGCCAGGUAGCGUUGUUGUGGACCUUGCCGCUGAGGCUGGUGGUAACAUUGAAACAACUAAACCUGGAGAGGUUUAUGUUUUAAACGACGUCACACAUAUAGGUUUAACUGAUUUAUCUAGCCGGUUGCCGACACAAAGUUCUACUUUGUAUGCGAAUAAUAUUUCGAAAUUUUUAUUGUCCAUGGGACAAGAAAACCAUUUUGAUAUCAAUCUUGAGGACGAGGUCGUCCGGGGAAGUAUUAUUUUGGAUAAGGGUAAUAUGAUGUGGCCACCACCGAAACCUGUAGGACCACCGCCUACUACAGCAGCGGCAAAACCAGCGGAAGUUGCUAAGGUACAGGUGAAGGAAGUGUCUCCGUUGAUGCAAACUUUAAAUACUUCAUUAGCUACAUCUGCAGGUAUUGGUGGUAUUUUGGCUUUGGGAGCAACAUCGCCCAAUCCAGCCUUUACGUCCAUGUUAACCACACUUGGUUUAUCUGGUAUUGUUGGUUACCACACUGUGUGGGGUGUAACUCCAGCCUUGCACUCGCCGUUGAUGUCGGUAACAAACGCCAUCUCUGGUAUAACAGCUGUCGGAGGUUUAUUGCUUAUGAACGGAGGUUAUUAUCCCACAAAUUCUGUUGAGGCUUUAGCUGCGUCCGCUGCGUUUAUUUCCUUCAUUAACGUUUUUGGAGGAUUUGUUGUUACCAAAAGAAUGUUGGAUAUGUUCAAGAGACCUGGUGAUCCACCAGAGUACAAUUCAUUGUACGCCAUUCCUGCCGCUCUUUUCAUGGGUGGUUAUGGCUAUGCAGCCAUGGCUAAUCUUGCGGAAGUUCAUCAAGCUGCUUAUCUUGCGGCUUCCCUCUGCUGCGUGGGUGCUCUCGCUGGUCUCAGCUCACAGACCACAUCGAGAUUAGGAAAUAAUUUAGGAAUUAUUGGUGUUGCUGGUGGUAUAGCAGCAACCUUAGGACAAAUGGCACCCAACCCAGAGGUCUUAGCCCAAAUGGCAGCUUGUUUAGUUGCUGGUGGUGGUCUCGGCACGCUUAUUGCUAAGCGUAUUCAAAUUACUGAUCUACCUCAACUUGUCGCCGGUUUUCACAGUUUAGUUGGCCUCGCUGCUGUGCUCACUUGCAUGGCGACCUUUAUCCACGACCAACCGUCCUUUGCAACCGAUGAAGCAGCCAACGUAAUUAAAACCGCGCUCUUUUUGGGUACUUACAUCGGUGGAGUUACCUUUAGCGGGUCCCUUGUAGCUUAUGGAAAACUCCAAGGUAUACUAAAGUCCAAUGCGAUGCUUCUACCAGGCAGACACGCGAUCAACGCUGGAUUGCUGUUAGGUAAUGUCGGUGCAGGCGCAUACCUCUUCUACGAUCCUUCCAUGAUGGGAGGAUUAGGUGCGUUGGGUACCACUGCUGCUUUAGCAUCCACUAUGGGUGUAACACUCACCGCAGCUAUAGGUGGUGCGGACAUGCCGGUGGUCAUCACCGUCUUGAACAGUUAUUCCGGUUGGGCGCUUUGCGCUGAAGGUUUCAUGUUGAAUAAUAAUUUGAUGACUAUUGUCGGCGCACUUAUUGGCAGCUCGGGUGCCAUUUUGUCUUACAUUAUGUGCAAGGCAAUGAAUAGAUCCCUACCGAAUGUUAUUAUGGGUGGAUUUGGCACGUCCAGUACAGGAGGCGGUAAACCAAUGGAAAUCACUGGCACGCACACUGAGGUUAAUGUCGACGGCGCGGUGGAAAUGAUUAAAAACGCAAGGAAUAUUAUUAUUGUACCUGGUUACGGUUUGUGUGUCGCCAAGGCGCAGUAUCCGAUCGCUGAGAUGGUCAAUAGCCUCAAGAAGCAGGGAAAGAACGUCCGGUUUGCUAUUCAUCCAGUUGCAGGACGUAUGCCUGGACAACUCAAUGUUUUGCUUGCUGAAGCAGGCGUACCGUACGACGAUGUGUUGGAAAUGGAUGAAAUCAACGACGACUUCCCCGAAACUGAUCUAACUUUAGUCAUUGGCGCUAAUGAUACUGUCAAUUCAGCCGCUAUGGAUGAUCCCAACUCUCCCAUUGCCGGCAUGCCUGUUCUUAACGUCUGGAAGUCCGAGCAGGUGAUCGUAAUGAAACGAUCGCUUGGUGUUGGUUAUGCGGCUGUUGACAAUCCUGUCUUCUAUAAGCCAAAUACUGCUAUGUUGCUCGGUGACGCAAAGAAAACGUGCGAACAAUUAUUGGGUAAAGUUCUAUCGGACUAAAUUUACAAACUCAAUCUCCUCAAAUCUUCCUCAAACAAUAUUUUAUUUGCCACAAACAAAUUGUUUGUGAACUGCACAACUUGUACACCUCCCAUUUUUACCUUAACUACUUGAUAAGAAUAAGUGAUAUAAGAAUUAUUGUAAGCAUAAAACUUUGUUAUGAAUAAGAAAAUUAUGUACGUGAUUUUUAUAUUAAGAUUUUAAGACAAACAAAGCUACGAAAUGCAUUUAAACACUAAAAAUCAGUACUGCGACACUCAUAAAAGCGUAUUUUAUAAUGAAUAUAAUUUUGCAUGCGUUUUAAGGCAAAAUGAUACAAAAAAUUGAUAUAAUAAAGUAAUGUAAAUGAU